AUGUCAAUUCGAUUCAAAUUCAGAAGCUCCGUGAACUUUGACUUGAUCGACAUCGAAGGUCGACCCUCAAUCUCAGUCCGUGACCUGAAGUCCAAGAUCGUUCGCCAGAAGAACCUCAACAUAUCUCAAGACUUGGAUCUCGUCUUCUCCGAUGCCCUCACCGGUCAAGAGUACGAUGACAAGAAUUUUCUAAUUCCGAGUGGCUCAAGCAUAAUUAUUAAGAGAGUUCCAGCUGGGACGGUGCCUUCAGCUUUAGCUCCCAUUGAUACAGUUGAGAAUUUUGGGAUGAACGACUCCAAUCUUUUUAACCCAAUGAGUGGACAAAUGGACGAUUUUGAGGACUUGGGGUUGAUUUGUGUCCUGUUCCUGAGGCAGCCUUACCUGAUUCUGAUUUGGAGUUUGAUAGGAUCUGCAUGA